AUGGCAACGGUGGUACCUCCCCCUAGUAAACGCCAACGACGUGAAAUUGAUGAGAAAGCACGGCAACAACAAGAGGUCGACUCAAUUCCAGAUAAUUUGGGGAGUGUUCGAGUCCAAUUCUUCGAUCAAUCCACUGGGACUGCUUCCGGUCCAGCUGUAGCUGUUCCUUUGGGCGAUGCAACAGUGAAGAACUUAGAGAUCUUGCUGAAUACGCUUCAGGGACAUGAUGAUCACGAAAGGGUUCCUUAUAAAUUCACAUACAAGCAAGAAGAUAAGGCUGGGAAUGUAAUUGAUAUUUCAUCCGACCUGUAUCACUCUCUCCUUCAACCUGGCAUAAAGACAACCGAGGACAUCAUUCAUUUACAAUAUACACCACAAGCAGUAUUCCGCGUCAAAGUCGCAUCAAGAUGCUCCGCUUCAAUCGCAGGACAUGGAGAAGCUAUAUUAGCGACAUCUUUCGCCUCAUCAUCUUCUUCGCGAAUGGUAUCCGGCAGUGGUGAUUCAACUGCGCGAGUAUGGGAUUGCGACACGGGGACGCCCCUGCACACCCUUAAAGGACACACUAGCUGGGUUUUGGCCGUGAGCUGGUCACCUAACGACAAGAUGAUAGCUACCGGAAGCAUGGAUAACACUGUCAGGCUCUGGGACCCUCACACUGGCCACGCACUAGGCGCACCUAUGAAAGGGCACACAAAGUGGAUUAUGGGUCUUGCAUGGGAGCCGUAUCAUCUACAAAGCCCUGGAAGUCCUAGACUAGCCUCGGCAUCUAAAGACUCAACGGUCCGAAUAUGGGAUGUCGUGUCUAGACGAAUAGAGAGCGUAUUAACAGGCCAUAAAGGAUCCGUAUCAUGUGUUAAAUGGGGCGGUCUUGGUAAAAUAUACACCUCUUCUCACGACAAGACCAUCAAAAUAUGGAACCCAGCGGAUGGGAGUUUAAUACAAACAUUAUCCUCCCAUACUCACCGUGUCAACCAUCUAGCUCUGUCGACUGAUUUUGUACUUCGUACAUCCUUCAAUGAACAUAAUCAGAAACGUCCAGAGAAAGAAGAGGAAAAGUUAAAGCUAGCAAAGGAGAGGUUUGAAAAAGCCGCCACCACCAAUAAUACAAUAUCCGAAAAAUUGGUCUCUGCUAGUGAUGACUUCACUAUGUUUCUGUGGGAUCCAGAGUCGUCUAGUAAACCGGUUGCCCGAAUGUUAGGCCACCAAAAGGAGGUCAAUCACGUCACAUUUUCCCCAGAUGGAGUAUAUAUUGCUUCUGCCAGCUUUGAUAACCACGUGAAGCUAUGGAGUGCUCGAGAUGGGAAGUUUAUAUUUUCCCUCCGUGGCCAUGUUGGUCCUGUAUACCAAUGUUGCUUUUCUGCAGACUCCAGACUUCUAGUGUCUUCUUCGAAGGACACUACCCUGAAGAUUUGGGAUGUUCGAACAGGAAAAAUGACGAUGGAUUUACCUGGUCAUCAAGAUGAGGUGUAUGCGGUCGACUGGAGCCCCGACGGGGAGAGGGUCGGAAGUGGUGGGAGAGAUAAAGCAGUCCGAAUAUGGAGGCACUAA